AACGAAUAUAUAGCGUGUCCGUCGUCGUGUCUCAGAUUUAUGAAUGUAAAAACAUUUUUUUAUUACAACAAAUGAAGCCAGUGUAUCGUAAAACUUGAAAAUGUGCCCGUGCGGAACUAAUGUCCAGGGUUACUGUGUUUCCGGGGAGAAGCUAAGGAGGUGGCACGCUGAUGUCUGUCAAAUACGAUCACAUGUGCCAGGGUAAACUGUGAUGAUCAUGGACACUCUGGAGAGCGCCUUUAAGUCUCUUUCCAUCGCCAGGAGGCUGCAGCCCAGCGAGGCCACGUAUAUUUUGGAGCUCUCCUGUGCCAGCAGUGGCUCAGAUGUGCUGGCUGUGUGCUGCUCCAAUCACUCUGUGCGUCUGCACAGCAGAGAGACGCUCCGCCAGGUGGGUGACUUCCAGGGUCACACGGCUCCCGUGUGUGGGGUGCGUUUCUCUCAUCUCUCCCCUCACCAGCUGUUCACUGGCUCUGCUGAUGGGACACUGCGGUGCUGGGACGUCCGGCGGCCCGGUUCGGAUGCCACCCAGGUGUUCCGCAGCGAUCCGACGCAUUCGUACUGCUCUUUUGAUGUGAGCUGUAAUGAUCGUGUGCUGUGCGCAGGCACGGAGCAGGUGAGGGAGGACAGUUUUUUGGUGUUCUGGGAUGCCCGUAUGGUUCAGGGUGGAGGUGAGAUGGGCCGUCUGCUGGGUGUUUAUUCAGAGUCACACAGUGAUGACAUUACUACGGUCAAGUUUCAUCCACGGCUGGUGGACCGGUUGGCUUCUGGAGCCACAGAUGGGCUUGUGAACGUGUUCGAUCUGAGUCUGGGUGGAGAGGAAGAUGCGCUUGUCACCACAUGUAACUGCAAUUCCUCUGCAAGCUCCCUUUCCUGGACAGGCAAAGAUCUUGACCAGCUGCUUUGUCUGACCCAUGAUGAAGGGCUCCACCUGUGGGACGUGGCUCACCCAGACGGCGAUGACACUCUGACCCUUCUUAGUUCAGCUGACGCCCGGACACUUGUCCAGCUCCCUGACGGAGCAUCGCUCGAGUACUUUGUGGGCGGUACAUGGCUGUCAGACGAGGAGCGUAUUCUGUUAGUGGGAGGAAGUAAUCAUGGAGAGCUCCACCUCCUGGACUGCAGUGGGCGUGGUCUGAGGCUCAUUAAAUCCCUCAAAGGGGGUCAUUCGGCUACAGUGAGGUGCUUCCAGUGGGAUGCGAUUAGUCAUUCUCUGUUGACGGGUGGGGAGGAUGGACAGUUGUUGCUGUGGAAAGCAGGAGCAGAGGAAAUAAGCGUGGGCAAGAAGGAUUCUCUGAAAAGCAUCUCCUCCAUGCAGCUCAAAACGAAAGCUCACAGAAAACAAGUUGUACAGAAAGACCGCUCAAAACCGGCAUGAUCACAUACACAGGACAAACUACUUGGUUAUUUGACUAAGAUACUUUGCUCUGAUGCCCUUUGUUUUCAUAAGGAUAAUAGAUAAACAUAUGUUAUAUGGAGUCUAAAUUAGAAUCAUCUGCUCUAUAAAAAAUAUAACUUAUUACAGACAUUGCAAGUUUUUAAACAGUUUUGUGGUUUUAAAAUGCGAGUUGUGAACAAAGUUGUUUGACUUGUGCAGCAGAUAAACUGUCAUCUGCGUGGUAGUUGUUGUCCUCGCAUAUAACAUUACAUUUCUUGCGUCUUGUCAGCAACAUUUGUUUUGAAAGUGUUUCAUAAGUUCGCUUUUGAGGUUAAACGCAUGGCUUGAAAAUGAUGAAAUUGUCUUCUAGAUUUCAGGACUCCAAACUGAAGACGUAUUGUGUUAAAGGAAAAGUUCAUCCAAGAGGUAGAUGACUUUGUUACUUAAUCAGAACGAGAAAUUUUGUUUUGGGCUCUUAUUACGACGGCACCCAUUUGCUGCAGAAGGCCCAUUGGUGAACAAGUGAUGUAAUGCAAAAUUUCUCAAAAUCUGUUCCAAUGAGGAAACAAACUCAUGUACAUGUUGACAUGAGGGUUGGUGCAUUAUUAACCAUUUGCAUUUAUUUUUUUACUUUCUUUAAUGCAUUGGGAUUGUCCUGAAUAUCUUGUUUUUAAAUGUUUUACAUGUAUCUUGGAGGGCUGCACCAGCACCACUAGGAUGCAAAAUUAGAAUCAAUUAUACAAAGUGCAACCAUAAUUGCACCAUGCCAGCAUUAUUCUUAUGCAAAGUGUUUACAUUCAUGGAACGAAAACGGUGGUUAUGUUCUUAGCUAAUGCUUUUUACGAAAUCAUCUGUCAAGAAAUGUAUGUUUUGUGUUAAAAUAUUGUAAAUGGGCAAGGUUUUUGAUUGUUUUGAUCUCAAGAGCUGCAGAAUUAAUUAUACAACUUUAUAAUCUAA